AUGAUGCCAUCUCAAAUCAUCCUGCUUACGCGUGCCGGAUCACUCAGUUGUGGUCAGCUUGCCAAGUGCAGCACAUUCCAGCAGCUCGACCCCCCUGUCAGGUCGAACGUCGAACUGAGGUUAACGGGACGACCGGAACGCCUGGUCACACCUUUGUGGAACCCGCCCAAGUGGUUCCCCAUUGAUCUUUUGUGGCAGCCACCAGAGUCGACAAGUUCGGACGAGUCACGUCGCUCAGAUGUGAUCUCUCCAUCGAGUAUGACCCGAUACACCAGCCUAGCGUGUCGUGCCGUCAAUUUGACAUUAUCGCUAGUCCAGUUACACUUGUGUCACGCGAUCGAGCUGGCGCCCUCACUGGCCCAGUCGGUCCCUUUGGUUGCUAUUUUGCGCUGUACUCCUGAGUCGCCAGACCCCUUGACUGAUGACUCAUCGAGCUUGAUGCAACUAGUCAGCCCGAUGCUCUUGUCCGUUCUGUUGGGCCUUCCAGCAGCUGACUCCCAUCACCCUCGUGGGCUGGGAGGCUGGUAUGAUCUGUACCAUCCAGCCAGUGCUGGAUCACCACGGGUGACAAGUUACACCGGUUCGACGCGUCAAGCGAUUGCGUAUUCAGUCGUCAUUGAUGUCCAGACGCUCAACAGAGUUUUCCGCUGUGAAGUCAUUAUGUCCAACCCCCAGCUGGGUGGAACUCAGAUUAUGAUGCUGAUGUGGUCAAGGCACAUUACCGACGCCAAGGGCGGCCAUUUCCCAACUACCUCGCCCUUUGACGGUUGGAUCCGUGAACUGCUACCUUUGCUUGUCAGGUCGGAUUCUCUGGUGAAUCCUCCACAUCAUUCAUACGAGCUAGAUGAACGGUACCAUUCAGCCAUGGCCGGUUCGUCGAUUGCUGUGGUUUCCAUUAAUUUGAUGAGCCAAAUGAUUGAGCCGGUGUCAUUACCUGGAGUGGUCCAUGAUUCAAGUAUGACACACUACGUCAGUAUGAAGUGUCAUGCCUCCAAAUCGACGUUACCUCUUGCCCAGUCGUUUCCUCCGGACACCCCUUUGCAUCAUCCUCCUGAGCUAGAGUGUUCACGCGAGCUGCAAUGCUCAACCAUGGCGCACCCACUACGCACGAUGCAUACUGUCACCGCAGCGUAUUGUGCGAUAGAGCUGUCGUCUUCGCUGGGCCAGUCGAACCUGUCGACUGUCAUUUCACGCCGUCCCCUGGAGCUAGCGCGUCUACUCGAGUCGUACAGUUCAGCGGUGGUCCAUCUGUUGACCUUAGCGUAUUGCCAGAUGAACCUUCUGGCCGAUCCCUUGCGUUGCCUGACCGAGUCGGCAUACUCGCGUGAGACAGAUUACUCAGGGUAG